GAGCCGCCAGUCCACUGCCGGUAGACGCUGCCUGCAGACGUGCGGUCGGCGACAGGGACGGGCCGCGAAGCCCACACUCGCGCGAGAGCCUUACGGUGGACAGACGCGACGCGGAAAAAGUGCCGACAGUGUGCGGACCGCCGAGGGCGCGACGUCUAAGUACACCGUUCGAGUUUCCAGCUGCUGCUGCGGGUUGCGCCGGUCAGCGGCUCGGUCCAGCCACCUGUUGAGCCUGGCCCUCCACAAGUGUCUGUGUGUGUGAUUGUGUGUGUGUGAGUGUUCUGCCGCGGGUGUUGAGGGGAAGUGCCCCAAGUGAAAAUGUGUAUGGAAUACAGUGAAACUGAAGCCAGUGUCCUCCUCUGAAGGAUUAUUAACCCACAUAGUUUGGACAGCGCGCUCCGUGGAACAAUAAGCAGGAUGGCGUCCUCCACGGUGCUGCGCCGCGAGCCGGCCGUGUGCCUCAAGGACGUCAAGGACGCCGCCACGGCCUCGGACAACAGCGACUCGGACGGCGAGAAGGACCUGCUGGGCCUGGAGGACUUCGAAAUUAUAAAGACGAUCGGCACGGGGACCUUCGGCAGGGUGUGCCUGUGCAGGGACAAGUCCACGCUCGAGUACGGCGCCAUGAAGAUCCUGGCCAUCGGGGACGUCAUCAGACUGAAGCAGGUGGAGCACGUCAAGAACGAGAAGAACAUCCUGGCCGAGAUCCGGCACCCCUUCAUCGUCAACCUGCGGUGGCACUGGCACGACCAGUCCUACCUCUAUAUGCUCUUCGACUACGUGUGCGGCGGCGAGCUCUUCAGUUACCUCCGCAAUGCGGGCAGGUUCAGCAACAGCACUGGUAACUUCUACACGGCGGAGAUCGUCCUGGCGCUGGAGUACCUGCACCAGCAGAACGUCGUGUACCGCGACCUCAAGCCGGAGAACCUCCUGCUGGACAGGGACGGCCACCUCAAGAUCACCGACUUCGGCUUCGCCAAGAAGCUGGCCGACAGGACGUGGACGCUGUGCGGCACCCCGGAGUACCUGGCGCCGGAGAUCAUCCAGUCCAAGGGGCACAACAAGGCGGUGGACUGGUGGGCCCUCGGAGUGUUAGUGUACGAGAUGCUGGCCGGCUACCCGCCCUUCUUCGACGACAACCCGUUCGGCAUCUACGAGAAGAUCCUCGCGGGCAAGAUCGAGUGGCCACGGCAGCUGGACCCCGUGGCCAAGGACCUCGUCAAGAAGCUGCUCGUCCAGGACAGGACCAAGCGGCUGGGCAACAUGAAGAACGGAGCGGAAGACGUGAAGAGGCACAGGUGGUUCAAAGGCAUCGACUGGGUGGACGUCUUCCACAGGAAGCUCAAGCCCCCCAUCGUGCCGCGGGUGAGCUACGACGGCGACACCCGGAACUUCGACGAGUACCCCGAGGCGGACUGGAAGAGCGCCCCCGUGGUCGGCGACACCGAGCGCAAGCUGUUCGACGACUUCUAGUGCGGCCCGUCGGUCUGGCCGUGGACAGUGUCCUAGCGCAGCCACUGGAAAGCCUGUCCCCGGUUUUCCUCGGUUUUCCCGACCAAUAGGAGUGCGACCGCGAAGAGGCGCGUGCUUGCCGUGCCGAGGCUUUGCGCGAGUGAUAAUUUAUGGAAACUGUGCUGUGAAGCGAAAAGCGUGUCCACUGACGUUGUUGUUGUCAUGAUGGACCCGUGAACUUUGUUACUAGUUUUAAGAAGCGUGUCUCAGUUUCCGGUCCUCAAUCUCUGGUCAACAGAUUCAUCAUCUCUUUCAUUUUUUCCCCUUUAUUUUUUAUUAAAUUGAAGACGCUGUGAGAGUGAGGACGGCGCUUACCGAGUACUUACAGUGUGAGGGCAGUAGUGCGUAGCUAGGUCGGGUGCCGCAACGGAUGGCUUUAUUGUGUUUUGUAGAGGCUGGCGGACAGCGACAAAAAAAAUCCUCAAGUCUAAUAACUAACUAGGCUGGUCCCUCGUGUGAGGCUCUGCAGGGACGGGGCAGUAGUUCAGUCUAAAAACGCCGUCCUGACCGCGAAUCGGAAUAAAUGUGAUACGAAACGGAAAAGUGACGCAGCUUACGCAGCUUAGUCAACUCGGAUGAGUCGAUGAUCCCUUGAGUGACGUAGUUCAAAGUUUGAAUCUCAGCAUGUCAAAGUUGGUUGCAUGUAUUUGUGAAAGGAUUGAAGUGUUAAUCGAAGUACAGAUUUGUCAGACCAGUAACACACGGGGUAAUCAAGGACAUACUGUGUGAUAAUAAUCACUAGCAAUUAAUGUUUGGCCCCCCCACCCUGUGUUAAUUUUUGUUUGAUUGUGAACUGUAUUAUUAGUGUAGGGGCAAGUCGUGCAUUUGAGACAGCUGAAGAUGCGUCCAGUAUUAAACGCAAAAAGAAUGCAGAGCUUUUGGAAACGUGUGACAAAUCAUUUUGGUUGCAUUUGUGCCCGAGUGUAUACUUGUGCUAACAAGCACUUUGCAUCCAAUAGUGUUUCCAGUAACUGAUGCAGUUUCAUUGGUUUUCUGCUCUUCCUCUAGGGUGCUGAAUCCUUUAAUUAGACACAAGAAUAAGACUCCACUUAUCUGUGAUCCCCGCAGUGCACAUUACAAUGACGAGUCAUGCUUGUAAGUGUAUAUAAUAAGGUCAAAUGUUCAUAUAAUUUAUAAAUUAAUUAAGUGUACAUAUAUUACAAAAUAUAAUUUUAGAAAUUC